AUGCGUGGCUUCAACCUCCUGUUCAUCGAGGAGGAGGAGGAGAGACUGCAGUCACCCCUUGAAGACGAAACCCCGCCAGACCCAGAAUCCUCCGUUUUCUUUCUCUCCCCCGGCCAGUUCAGGGGAAAACCUCUGUUCGUUAAUCUAAAUAAAGUCGAUUGGGAGGCGUCUUCCUCCAACAUCCUGCGCAGGAGCGGGUUCUUCCCUCCGUCAGAAAGCGCAGGACAGGAAGAAGGAUGGCCCGCCCCCCUCUCAGCCCCCAGUCCUUCCGCUCCCCACAGUCCGGGGCCAUCCUACGCGAGGGACAAUCCCGUGGCGUCCUUUUCUCCUGCCGGGAGUCCUUCGUCGACCCCGAGGCCCCACCAGUGGUAUGGGCGGUACCGGUAUUGGGCCGGGUACCAGGAGCGGCUCGGGGCGAAUCGCACGUCCUCGCGCCCGACGGGGUACCAGUCCUUCACUCGGUAUCCUUCGAAAGUACCCGCUCGAGCUCCCGAGAAUAUCCUAGCUCGACCUUAUCCUACGAAGGCGGUUCCUGCGCGUCCAAGACCAAAUCCUUCGAGAGAGGCCAUUCCUGCGGUUCGAAAUCCUAGCCUCCGCCCUCCAGCAGCUGUGGGGAGGUAUCCUGCCAAUACCCCGACGGCGCGAAGUCCUCAGCCUGGCAGAGUGCCGCCGGGCAGUCCCCAGGGCGCGGCGGGCAGCUCCCGAGGGCCAAGUUAUCCCUUAGGAUGGAGCAUGUCGUCCUUGGUCAACAAAGUCCCACUGACUUCCCCCUCUUCUCCUCCUCCUCCACGUCCUCCACCUCCUUCUCGCGCCGCCCACUCCUCUUCCUCCCUUCGUGUUCCUUUCCUCCCCACUCCUUCUACUCCCUCCGCUCCUUCGCGCCCUUAUCGUCGCUCUCCUUACACCCUCGUUCCUCCUCCUUCGCCCCAGGCUCUCUCCCGAAGGAUGUUCCUCUCGGCUGAAGACUCGCAGGCGUCAGGCAGGGACGUCGAGCGGCAGAGGAAGCUUGAAGGCCCGUCCCUCUUGGAAAUUGUCAAGAGUGGCAUCGCCGCCGCUGCCGCCGCCCUCCUCGUCAAUGCCAGCACCGCCUACUUGACCUCCGGGGAAUCCUGGCACUCCUCGGGCACGGGCAGGGGCGCCGGGAGAGACGUCAGGGCAGCGGAGGCAUCGCUGGUCACCGAGGGCAUGGUCGAGGAAGCCGUCCGUCUGUGGGGCGCCGUGGAGGGCAUCAACGACUGCCGCGCCCGCGCCCUCUGCCGCCUCGGGUCUCGUGGGCGCAGUUCGGGCGCGCCUUAUGUCCUCAUGGCCGCCCACAGGUUCCUGCCGCGGGCGUGGGAGGAUCGGGUGGUUCAGGUGUCCGAGGGCGCGCUUUUGGGGUCGGACUGUCAGCAGUGGGCGUGCGGGCGUGAUGACGUGUUGACGAGAUAGGGGCGGUGACUGGUGGCUGUGAUCUGUACAUAUUUGUGUAU